AACAUGGCAGCACGGUCCCUGUGGGCGGUCCGCUGGCGGUUGCAGCGCCUCCUGGCCUCGAGUGCUUCGUCCUGUGGCAGGGGAUGGCUGCAUCCUUUCAGCACUGCCACCCAGAGGACCACUGGUGAGGAUUGCAACUCUGAGGACCCUCCUGAUGAGCUUGGGCCCUCUCUGGCCGAACGAGCCUUAAGGCUAAAAGCUGUUAAACUGGAGAAAGAAGUCCAGGAUUUAACAGUGAGGUACCAGAGAGCUGUAGCCGACUCUGAAAACAUAAGGAGGCAAACCCAGAGAUGUGUAGAAGAUGCCAAGAUAUUUGGAAUCCAGAGUUUCUGUAAGGACUUGGUGGAGGUGGCAGAUAUUUUGGAGAAGACUACAGAAUACAUUUCUGGAGAAACAGAACCUGGGGACCAGAAGCUCACUCUGGAGAAGGUCUUCCGGGGCUUGUCACUUUUAGAAGCAAAGCUGAAAAGUGUGUUUGCCAAGCAUGGCCUGGAGAAGAUGACACCCAUUGGAGACAAAUAUGACCCUCAUGAGCACGAACUCAUCUGUCAUGUGCCAGCUGGUGUUGGGGUACAGCCUGGCACUGUGGCAUUAGUAAAACAAGAUGGCUACAAACUUCAGGGCCGCAUCAUUAGACUUGCCCGAGUAGAAGUGGCAGUGGAGUCCCAGAGAAGACUAUGA